AUGGACUCAAAAGUCUUGGGAAUUACCCUCUUCCCAAUUGAAUAUCACACCCGUGGUAGAGCUAUUUUUCAUCUUGGAUUCGGGUAUGACCAUGUGAAUGAUGAGUACAAAGUUUUGAAUAGGAUUAGGUUUUCAGAUCUAUGUGAUAGAGAUCAAUCGAGUUGGUAUGAUGAAGUCUACGUUUAUAGCUCAAAGCAGAACUCAUGGAGAAGGAUGAAGCAUUUUCCAUUUAAACAGUCGAACUACCACUAUUACUGUGCCCUAGAUUGUGUCCUUGCUGAUGGUGCAUUACACUGGUUCAUGAGGGAAAGCAAUGAAGAAUUUCAGAAAAUGCCUUGUCCAAUGAUACCAUGGCCACUAGGUUAUUUUCAGCAUAACUUGAUGGUCUUGAAUGGAUCCCUUUGUUUAGUAUUGUACUAUGACGUAGGUGGAGGAUUUGGUGCUGAUAUCUGGGUGAUGGAAGAUGAUGGAGUGGAAAAAUCUUGGACCAAGUUAACUUCAGUUACAAUUACUGGUUGGACAUUUUGGAACUUGACGCCUCUAGCUUUAUCAAAGAACAAGAGGCAAUUACUUUUGUAG